AUGAGAAGUGAUACAAUUGUAAUUUGUGAUUGUGAAGAAAAAUGUGAACAUUGCAGUAGUCAUCACACGACUCCACAGAUUCGUGCAGUCUCACCAAAUCCAGCUGAACUAAUUCGUCCAAUUUAUCAUCACGUUUCGGAAUUUUGUUAUGAUUUUGACUCAGAGGGUAUACUUCGUCACAUUCAUACAGGAGAAACAUUCUCCGUUAAAAUGACUCCAAUGGGUCCUUUAUUAAAGAGACAAGAGAUAAUUCGUGCGAUUUGCACACGUCUUGUUCGCCAGAAAUUGUUCAGCUUAAAUAUGGAGUCAAGUCAAAUACCAAUUCCUGGACAUCCAACAAAAUGUAUGCGAGUUUUACACUCAGCAAACUUUUUCACUCACAGAGGGCCUAUAAUUGUCCUACUUCAAGGUGGAGGUGUUGCUCAAGCGGGUGUAUGGUCUCCACGACUUCUACUACAUCCAGAACAUGGUCUUCGAUCUGGCAGUCAGAUACCUUUAGUACAAAAGGCACAUUCACUUGGUUAUGCCAUCGCUAUUAUCAAUGCUAAUGAACAUGUACCAAGUGAAGCUGAAAUGGACGCGAUGGAAUCAUUUUCUAGUAGUAGUACUUGUCAACCUGUAAUUGAUAUUACAAAUUGUAUGAACAAUAAUAAUAAUGUUGUAAAUGUUCAGUGUAAAUCUGCUGUCAAUGAAAAGUCCAGUUCAUGUAUAUCGAAUCUACCUGCUUGCUUAACUCUAUCCGAUACUUCAAUUGGACUAUUGCCAACAACUAUCAUUGAGAGUAAUUGUGAUCAAUUGUCGGCUCACUUUGAUCAUGCAAAUCCUACAUUCAUUUCAACUUAUGAAUCAUCGUCCAAUUGGCAAGAAUUACAACCGGAAGAUAGACCAUUAUUAUUUCAACCGAAUUCAACACCGUCGUCACCAUUAUCACCGUCAUCAUCAUCGGCUCUCUCCUGGCUAUUGACUGGACCGAAUUCGACUGCCAAUGAUUUGAAUGUACAGAAUGCCUCUGUAUUCAGUGCAAUGCCUAAUUCUAACAUCACAUCAGAAUCCACAUCUAUUACAACAACAACAGCAACAACUUCUGAUUUGUCAAGUAGUCAUGCCAAAUGUGUGUGCACUAACACACCUUCCUCCCCGUCUUCGUCUACUUCGGCCUCGUCUUCUUCUUCUACUGUGACAUCGGUGUCUUUAAAAGCCAAUCACAUAGUGAACAACAACAACAACAAGGAAUUACAGUCGUCGCAAAUGAAUACAUUUCCAGGUCUAUCUGCUCAAAAUCCUGCAAGAAACGCAAUACCGGAAGGUUUGCAACUCUCCAAAAGACUAACUAACAUUUAA